AAUUUAGGGUGCGAUUUCAGAAAAAUUUACUUUUUUGUAGGUGUUAAAAAGAAAAAUGUCUGAUCUUAUUAAGGACGAAAAAGUUGUAGAAGCUCCAGUUGAGGCUGUUGUUAGUGUUGAGGAGAACAAGACUUCCACCACAGAGCAAGAUGAUACUGUGGAUGAAAAGAGCUACAAGCGUGGCCAACAGAAUAAGUGGACUCGUGCUCGGACUGGCGACAACAGAGACGGUGACAACAAGAGACCCCGUAAGACGUGGGAGAGGGAACACAAGGUCCAAGAAUUCACUCCACGAGUAGAUGAAAAUGGGAACCCACUCCCAAGAUCGGAAAGACGUCCUAAGAAGAAGGUUGCAUGUAUGAUUGGAUACUGUGGAACUGGAUACAACGGUAUGCAAAUCCAAAAUAACCCAGACGUGCACACCAUUGAAGGAGAUCUUUUCAAGGCCUUUGCUAAGGCUGGUGCCAUUUCUCCAGAAAAUGCUGAUGAUUUGAAGAAGAGUGGAUUCAUGCGUGCUGCUAGAACUGAUAAGGGUGUCCAUGCCGCCGGUAAUGUCAUUUCCUGCAAGCUUAUCAUUGAAGACGAAGAUAUUUUAGAAAAAAUCAAUGCUGAAUUGCCAGAUCAAAUCAAAGUUUGGGGUAUUGAAAGAACCAAUAAGUCAUUUGAUUGUCGUAAGAUGUGCUCCCUGCGUAUCUACGAAUACUUGUUGCCAACAUACACUCUUCUCCCACCUAAGCCAAAGACUAUUUUAGCUGAAAUGGUCAACAAGGCUAGUGUUGAACAUCCAGAUGUUAUCAGAGAUGACAAAGAAGGUGCUCAAUGGUGGGAAGAAACCCGUCAAGCUCUUCUUGACAGUGGGAUCUCUGAAGAAGAUCUCUUGAAGGCUCAAGCUGUAUUGGAAUCCCAAAACCCAAACAACAACUUGGAUGCUGAUGGGAAGGUCAUUGAAAGACCAGAACUUGAAGGUGUUGAAUCCGUUAAAACUUAUGAUUCUGACGGUAACAUCACUGAAAUCGGCAAGUUGAUUAAGUCCAUUAAACUGGUUGAAAACAAGAGAAGAAGAGCAUACCACACUUCCACCGAAAGAUUGAACUUGUUCCGUGAAGCCAUGAAACAAUACGAAGGUUCUCAUAACUUCCAUAACUUCACUUUGGGUAAAACUUUUAAGGAUCCAUCUGCUAGAAGAUACAUGAAGUUGACCACCGUUUCAGACCCAUUUGUCAUUGAAGGAACCGAAUGGGUUUCCAUCAAGAUCCAUGGACAAUCUUUCAUGUUGCAUCAAAUCCGUAAGAUGAUUGCCAUGGCUGUUCUUGUCGUUCGUACCGGUUGUCCAUUGACAAGAAUCUCCGACGCCUUUGGUCCAACCAAGAUUAAUAUUCCAAAGGCUCCAGCUUUGGGAUUGUUGCUUGAAGCUCCAGUCUACGAGGGUUAUAACGGUCAAUUAGAAAAGUUUGGUUACAGUCCAAUUGACUUCUCCAAAUACCAAAAGGAAAUGGAUGCCUUCAAGAUGAAGUACAUUUACGACAAGAUUUACGGUGAAGAAGUAAAGGAGAACGUUUUCUACGGAUUCUUUGCCUUUAUUGAUACUUUUAAGGGUAACGGUGACACCAAGGAAGGUAGACACAUCUUUGACUUUUUAGGUGCCGUUUUCGAAUCAGCUAGUAAGAAGGAUCCUGCUGAAAUUGCUGCUUCAAAGGAAGAUCCAGUAGUUGCCAAGCCUCAAGAUAACGUUGAUUAAAUAAUUAGAAACACUUUUUUACAUACACAUUUCAAAAAAAUGCUUAACGCUUACUAUUAUUAAUAUAUUUUUUUUAUGUAAAUUAUUUAUAGGUUUAGAGUAAAUGACUGAUUCCUACCAUCCU